AUGCGGAAGGGAGUCGGUAGAGUGUUUGUGGAGUGUUUCCUGGGCGUGAAAACCAGGAUCAAAAGGGCAUACCUUCAGGAGACUUCCUUAAAGUCGCAGGCCUGGGCUGCUGCACGCAAACGUCUUGUGGUACAUUUGAAAAAUCUUUCUUGGUGUAUGUGGUGGUUUGUGGAAGAGUCGGUGAUAAAGACUAAUCUUCUCUUUUUCUUUCUUCAGUUAUCUAGUCAGAGCGAAGUCGUUAUGAGAAUUGUUCAGAGACUGUGUGAUAAAAGAAAGAAGAAUGUUCUUGCAUAUGGAUACUCCUUGCUGGACGAAAACUGUUCUGAUUUCCAAAUCAUACCAUCUUCUCAUGUAUACAGCUACCUACCCAACAGUGUGACAGAAAAUAUGCGUAUCAGCGGCCUCUGGGAAAAACUACUGAGCAGGAUAGGGGACGAUGUGAUGAUGUAUUUGCUGGAACACUGUGCAGUCUUUAUGCUUGUUCCCCCUAGUUGUUGUUACCAAGUUUGCGGACAACCGGUUUAUGAACUUAUUUCCCAUAAUGUAGACUCAUCCCCAGCGUUUGUUAAACAAACUUUUUCAAAGCGUCAACGUAGUAGCUUGCUUGACUAUAUGCAAAAAAGGCUUAUGUUUCAUAAACGGUAUCUCUCAAAGUCACGUGGGUGGAAACACAGACAAAGACUUGAAGCCAAUGUCUCCAGCAUGAGAAACAGAAAAAAUAGCAAGAUGAGAAACUUAGCAUCCAGGUCCCGGUAUUCUGCAAAACCCAUUUCUAAAGCAGGUGAACGGAUCAGAAGGGUGACUCAACGUCUGGAAAAACAGAGUAGCUCUGGUUUGUAUUUGUCAACUACGGCACCAUCUUUAAAAAGGAAGCUUGGUAGUGAACAACCUGAAAUUCCAGCUAAGAGAGCAAAAGUAGAGGAGAAGGUGAGCGAGGAAAAAUCUUGUAAUAUCACUCCCGAUGUAAACCAAAGUAGUUCCAAGAGAGAUGGAACUGAGUGUGUAGAAUCACGUUCUGUAAAUCUCAUUAAAGACAAGCACAUUUCUCAGAGAAGUAACAGUGAUAUGUCUGGUCCUUCUUUAACUCGCACAUCUUGUAGCAGGAAGAAGUUUGUGGCAGGUGAAAGCUCUUUUCUGCGAGGAGUUCAGACUAACAAACCUUCAAAGCCUGGCACUGAAAUGCAAGCAGAAUCCAGUAGGAAACGAGUAGAGCUGCAUAUGUAUAAAUCUCAGUUGAAUUCUGUACAAACCAAGCCCGUGGAAGGUAUUUCUUCAAAAUGCAGGAGGCAGGAAUAUCCCAUAUCUAAUUUGGCAAAGGAGUCACCAAAUAAGCUCUUACGUUCUGCAAUAUACGUUAACAGGAAACUUCUUCUGUAUUCUCGCAGGAGUCUCAGAGAAUGUUUUCCUAAAUGGUUUUUACUGAAUCGCUUGCAGGGCUGUCAGGCAGGUGGAAGACGGCUUAUAGAAACUAUAUUCUUAAGCCGAAAUCUUUUGGAGCAAAAGCGCAACCAAAGUCUGCCUCAUCAAAAAUGGAGGAAGAAGAGGUUGCCCAAACGCUACUGGCAAAUGAGACCAGUAUUUCAGAAACUGUUAAAGAACCAUGCCAAGUGUCCUUACUUAGUUCUUUUAAAAAAAAAUUGCCCUAUCUGGAUACCUGAAACUGGUGUGAGAAAAACUGGGCUGCCUUGUCAGGCAGCUUUUCGUGGGGAAGCAGAGGUUCACGAGCAAGCAGAGCAGUUUGGGAAAGAGCCUGACGAGUGUGUCACAAGCAGCAGAUGUGAAUCUGGUCACGUGCCAGAGGACUUCUGCGCUCCUCUUGCAAAAUCUGCGAGUGGGGCAUCACAGAGCAAGGAGCAAAACCUGGGAGAGGCGGACAGUUCAGCCCUCGGGAAGCUCCUCAAGCAGCGCAGCAACCACUGGCAGGUGUACAUGUUUGUGAGGGAUUGCCUGGAGCGGGUCAUCCCCACCGAGCUUUGGGGUUCAAACCAUAACAAGUGCCGGUUCUUGAAGAACGUGAAAACGUUCAUUUCCAUGGGGAAGUUUGCUCAGUUUUCGUUGCAGGUGUUGAUGUGGAAGAUGAGAGUGAAUGACUGCUUGUGGCUUCGUCUGGGCAAAGGUGAUCACCUUGUUCCUGCCAAUGAACAUUGUUUCCGUGAAGAACUUUUGGCUAAAUUCCUGUUCUGGCUGAUGGAUACCUAUGUUGUUGAAUUGCUCAGAUCAUUUUUCUAUGUCACCGAGACGAUGUUCCAGAAAAACAUGCUUUUCUACUACCGAAAGCUUCUCUGGGGCAAGUUGCAGAACAUUGGAAUUAGAAACCAUUUUGCCCAAGUACGUCUCCGCGCUUUGUCGUCAGAGGAGAUUGAAGCUGUCCAUCAAAAAAACUACAUUCCUGUGGUAUCAAAGCUUCGGUUUAUUCCCAAAGAAAAUGGGUUAAGACCCAUAGUAAAAGUGAGCGGCGUUAUUGAAGCACAACGAUUCAGCAGGGAAAGCAGAGAAAAGAAGAUACAUCACUACAACACUCGACUAAAAAAUCUCUUUAGUGUGUUAAAUUAUGAACGGACUAUAAACACCAGUUUUAUCGGGUCUUCAGCAUUUGGGAGAGAUGAUAUCUACAGGACAUGGAAGAAGUUUGUUAUGAAGGUUUCCGAAUUGGAUGGUGAAAUGCCUCAUUUCUACUAUGUAAAGGCUGAUGUGUCCAGGGCUUUUGAUACCAUUCCUCACAAGAAACUUGUGGAAGUAAUUUCACGGAUCUUAAACCCUGAUAAAAAAACUGUCUACUGCAUACGGCGCUAUGCCGUGAUUAUGAUUACACCAACUGGAAAAGCCAGGAAGCUCUAUAGGAGACAUGUUUCUACUUUCAAGGAUUUUAUGCAAGACAUGAGGCAGUUUGUGUCCAACUUGCAGCAGAGUGACUCAUUGCGAAAUGCAAUAAUUGUUGAACAGAGCUUAACUUUUAAUGAGACAAGUUCAACCCUGUUUAGUUUUUUUCUUCAAGUGAUACAUAACAACAUCCUGGAGAUUGGGAACAGGUACUAUGUACAGUGCUGUGGAAUUCCCCAGGGCUCCAUUUUGUCGACAUUGCUUUGCAGCUUAUGCUAUGGAGACAUGGAAAACAAAUUGCUUUGUGGAGUGCAGCAGGAUGGAGUCCUAAUACGUCUCGUAGAUGACUUUUUGCUGGUUACGCCACAUUUAAUGCAGGCAAGAACUUUUCUAAGGACUCUAGCAACAGGUAUUCCUGAGUAUGGAUUUUUAAUAAACCCCGGUAAAACAAUUGUGAAUUUUCCUGUUGAUGAUAUCCCAGGAUGUUCCAACCUUAAACAGAAGCCAGGCUGUCAUUUGAUCCCAUGGUGUGGUUUAUUAUUAAAUAUACAGACACUUGAUAUUUACUGCAAUUAUGCCAGUUAUACCUGUACAUCUAUCAGAUCAAGUCUUUCCUUCAAUUCAAGUAGAACACCUGGGAAAAACAUAAAAUACAAAUUGAUUGCGGUCCUCAAACUGAAAUGCCAUGGUUUAUUGCUUGAUUUGCAGAUCAACAGCCUUAAAACAGUUUUGCUUAACAUCUACAAGAUAUUUUUACUUCAGGCUUGCAGGUUCCACGCCUGUGUUCUCCAACUUCCAUUCAACCAGCGAGUUAGAAACAAUCCUUAUUUCUUCCUAAGGAUCAUCUCUGAGAAUGCCUCAUGCUGCUAUUCUAUCCUGAAAGCAAAAAAUCCAGGGAUUGUCUUGGGUAGCAAAGGUGCAUCUGGUGUGUUCCCUUCUGAGGCAGCAGAAUGGCUCUGCUACCAUGCUUUCAUUGUCAGACUGGCAAACCACAAAGUUGUUUACAAAUGCCUGCUUAAGCCCCUAAAAAUCUGUAAGAUGCAGCUAUUCAGGAAGAUCACAAAGGAUACUAUGGCAUUGCUGAAGGCAGUAACAGAGACGUUUCUUAGUGAAGAUUUCCACACUAUCUUGGACUAA